AUGCCUUUCUCUUCCACAGACAUGGCAUCAGUGACUCAUUCUGAGGAGGAGACUGACCUGGGAGACCCUUUGGAAGAGUUUGGGGUCCUGCGUGCGCCAAUGGACACAGGUGCUCGGGGUCCGGAGGAGAAAAAACUACAACAUGGAAAUGGUGACUUCCUUGAAAAAGAAGGCCACAGAGGAAUUACGCAGCGCUCGAAGAGAAGUCCGGGAAAGCAGUUAGACGCAGAUUCUUCGGGUAAAGAAAAAAGACGAGAGAAGAAAAAAGGAAGAAAAAGGCCUGUGCCAGGACCCCCUGGCCCUCCUGGCCCCCCUGGCCCACAGGGGCCACCGGGCAUCCCUGGGAUACCUGGGUUUCCAGGGAGUAACGUGAUGGGGCCUGCCGGGCCUCCUGGACCUCCAGGACCACAGGGACCUCCGGGCGCACAGGGCCCAGCAGGAAUUCCAGACUCGAGGUCUAAAACAAAAGAGUUCCAGGCUGCAGUGGUUCACUUACAAGGGCAGGAAACCACAAUUCAAGUGAGAGAAGAUCUCUCUGAAGGCAUCCUCAGAAACUGGAAGAUGGUGUCCAUCCAUCACCGCGUGUUCAAAAUGCACUCUCGCUCUGGAGAGCUGGAGGUGCUGCUGGAUGGGGUCUACUUCAUUUAUAGUCAGGUAGAAGUGUACUACCUCAAUUUCACUGACAUUGCCAGCUAUGAAGUGAUGGUGGACUCCAAUCCUUUUCUACGCUGCACCUGCAGCAUCGAAACAGGUCAGCGUAAGUUCAACACCUGCUACACGGCCGGGGAAGUGUCAGACUGGGGGAAGCGCCAUCUUCUGGACAUAACUGAAAGCACCUCCUCCAAAGACUAUGCAUUGAUGAGUUGA